GAUGGCAUCCCCCCGGGAACUGACCCAGAACCCCCUGAAGAAGAUCUGGAUGCCAUACAGCAAUGGGCGGCCCGCUCUUCAUGCUUGCCCGCGCGGUGUUUGCAUGACCAACUGCCCAACUCUGAUUGUAAUGGUGGGCCUGCCUGCCAGGGGUAAGACCUACAUUUCUAAGAAGCUGACUCGAUACCUCAACUGGAUUGGUGUGCCCACUCGGGAAUUCAAUGUUGGCCAAUAUCGCCGGGACAUGGUCAAGACAUAUAGAUCAUUUGAGUUUUUCCUCCCAGACAACGAAGAGGGCCUGAAGAUAAGGAAGGGACAGGAGCUCCCCACUGUUUUUGAUGCAACGAAUACCACCCGAGAACGGAGAGCCACCAUCUUUAAUUUUGGUGAACAGAAUGGCUAUAAGACCUUUUUUGUUGAGUCCAUCUGUGUAGAUCCUGAGGUCAUAGCUGCCAACAUUGUGCAAGUGAAACUGGGCAGUCCUGACUACGUGAACCGUGACAGUGAUGAGGCCACUGAGGAUUUCAUGAGGCGCAUUGAAUGCUAUGAGAACUCAUAUGAGUCGCUAGAUGAGGACCUGGACAGGGAUCUGUCCUAUAUCAAGAUCAUGGAUGUGGGCCAGAGCUACGUGGUGAACCGUGUGGCUGACCACAUCCAGAGCCGCAUCGUAUAUUACCUCAUGAACAUCCAUGUGACCCCCCGCUCCAUCUACCUCUGCCGGCAUGGGGAGAGUGAGCUCAACCUCAAAGGCCGGAUUGGUGGGGACCCAGGACUAUCCCCCCGGGGCAGGGAGUUUGCCAAGAGUCUGGCCAAGUUCAUCAGUGAUCAGAAUAUCAAGGAUCUAAAGGUCUGGACAAGCCAGAUGAAGAGGACAAUCCAGACAGCGGAGGCGCUGGGUGUACCCUAUGAACAGUGGAAGGUCCUCAAUGAAAUCGAUGCGGGUGUCUGUGAGGAAAUGACCUACGAGGAAAUUCAGGAUCAUUAUCCGUUGGAGUUCGCCCUGCGGGACCAGGACAAGUACCGGUAUCGGUACCCCAAGGGGGAGUCCUACGAAGAUCUGGUCCAGCGAUUAGAGCCUGUCAUCAUGGAGCUGGAGAGGCAAGAGAAUGUCCUGGUCGUCUGCCAUCAGGCUGUGAUGCGCUGCCUCCUCGCCUACUUCCUGGACAAAACAGCAGAACAGCUGCCUUACCUCAAGUGUCCGCUGCACACCGUCCUGAAGCUGACCCCUGUGGCUUAUGGUUGUAAAGUGGAGUCCAUCUUCCUGAAUGUGGCAGCUGUGAACACACACCGGGACAGACCUCAGAAUGUAGAUAUCUCGAGACCUCCGGAGGAAGCUCUUGUCACAGUCCCUGCUCACCAGUGACCAUCGCAUCCACUGUGACCCCUGGACAAGCACUGAUCGCUAUAGAUGAAGUUAUUUCAGGCCUCGCCCCUAGUCUGUGUGACAGUUGCCGUGCAGGAACGUACUCAAAGCCAUGUGUGGCCUAUGGGGCCCAGAACCCUGCCCCAGCCCACUUAUUUGUUGACUAUGACAAGAUUGUAUGUGGUUCCUGACCUGCUGCUGGGGAUCAUGCGGCCAGACUGCAUCUGCCCGGGCUGGUGAGAGGUCACCCGGCACUAGGGUCUCCUGUUGCAGCUCUUAGGUGUUCUUUCUCACCAGGUGGCUUGGCUUUGUGAAGUGUGCAACCCUAGAAUGUGAAACAGAAAGUGCUUGCCGUGGUGUUCCCACUGCAGACCAGCUGCCUGCGGUGGCCCCUGCCACCCCUUGCAGGACCUCUGCUAUCUUCUCUGUGGCCGCUUCCUGAGCAAGAGGGCAGGUCUUCAGGAGACUAACAGGGUCUUUAGUUCCCCAACAGGGACUAAAGAGCAGCAACCAAGGCAGACGCCUCUUGGGCCACCACCGGCCAGGCCACGUAUCUGGGUGACUGUA